AACGAAAGUGAAUCAAUCAAUCACUCUUGACAACUGUCCUCAUCGCAUCACGCCUCGCCUCCUCAGCGCAUGGUCGCACCAUCCGAGACGUCUCCUCUCAUUCAGAGGAACACGUCGCAGGAUCGACGUAGCAGCGACGACGAUGACCUCGACUCGCGCUUUCGCCGCUGGAAGGACGCAGUCACACAGCGCUUUCGCAAGGGAAAGCAACGUCAGGGGGACCAGCCAGAGUGGCUCAUCAGCGUAUUCGCUGGCCAUGAACAGGGUGAUGGCAUCCCCAAAGAGGCCGAGAAGAAACGACAAGCUACUCGAGAUGCUACUGCGCAGAUCGCUCUCGAUAUCAGAGGGGUCAGACAGGCCAUCACAGAGGGCAUACAGCCUACCAUGAUUCAGACGGGCAGCAGCGGGUCGUAUUUCGUCAAGGCUAGAGAUGCAGAGACGGGAAACCUCGUAACAAAGGCCGUCUUCAAGCCCUCGGAUGAAGAGCCAUAUGGCAAUCUCAACCCCAAGCGUGCCUUCUUGCGUCGCUACUUCUGGUGGGCAAUGGGCAGGCCGUGCCUCAUUCCAGGAUUUAGCGCAAUGUCCGAGGCAGCCGCCUCUCUCCUUGACGACCGUCUACACCUCGCUCUCGUUCCAAAGACGCAGCUCGUCAAGCUCAGCAGCCCCGCCUUUCACUAUGCCUACAACGAUCGACGCGCCUACGAAGAGCAUGGCCAGCAGCUGCCCGAAAAGAUUGGCUCAUUCCAGAGCUUCUUGCACGGUUACGCCAUGAUGUCAUCAUGGCUGCGACGCAACCCGUUCCCCACACGGCCGCGAUCCGUUCUCGAGAGGGACUUGGAGGCUGAGCAGCUCACUCAUCGCAAGAUGCGCAAACGAGAGAAGGCAAGACUCCGGCGGUGUGGUGUCAAGCUCAAACACUUCUUGCUUUGCCGGCAAGGCCUUGCCGAAGACAGGAUAGCCAACAUUGACGAUCAAGGGCGGUCAGAUGAGCAGGAGCAAGUACUCGAGCGCGACGAGGUCGAUUUCCUCUGGACGGCCGAUCUCAUCCACUCAUUCCGCCUCGAGCUCGAGAAGCUCGUCGUCUUCGACUACCUGUGCCGCAAUACCGACCGAGGGCUCGACAACUUCAUGAUCCAUCACGUCAAGGGCACUACCUCGGAGAGCGUAAAACUCGGCGCCAUUGACAACUCGCUCGCCUGGCCCAUCAAACAUCCAGACGGUAUCCGCGACUACCCUUUUGGCUGGCUCUACCUGCCCGUAGAUAUCAUCGGGGGACCAUUCCAUCAGUGCACCAAAGACCAUUUCUUGCCCCUGCUAGCCUCGCCACAGUGGUGGCGCGAGACAGAGAUGGCGCUCAAGGAGCUUUUCCAGCAGGACAAGCACUUCAACGAGAAGCUAUUCGAGAGUCAGAUGGCCGUAUUCAAAGGACAAGGAUGGAAUGUGUUGCAGUCGUUGAGAUGCGAAGAUGAGGGUCCGCUCGAGCUCUGCGCUAGACGUAAGAAGGUAGUACAUCAAUCGACGGUCAUGGUCUCUGAGCAGGAAGUGGCUGAGUUUGAGGGAGGAAAGCUUGCAUUGCAGACGGGGGCAGAGAUGCAGCCUGCCCCUGUCAACGCGACCGCAGCCAAGCCGAUCGGCAUCGUCACAGCCAAGGAGUCAGCGCCGCAAGACUCAUUGAGCGACGCCAAUGGUCACCCCCGCUCCUUGCCGGAGACGUCGCGUAUCAAUGUGCAGCCUACCGAGACUCCUACGAUGAGCGCUCACCCGCCUCAGGAAGCUUCACAGCCCCUGGCGCUGGGCUCGUCUCUCGGAAUUGAAAUCCUACAAGAUUUGGACCGCGCAGCGAAGAAGGCCCGCCGUCGACCUGGAUUCCAGAAGACUGUCUCUGGCUUCGACCUCGGGCGACGCGGCGUGCCUUCGCAGUCGCCUGCGCGGGGGAGAAGAACAGCAAGACCGUCAGGACCGGUGAAGCGGGGACUCAGUAGCAACGAUGUCCUGAGUGAAGAUGAAGAAGAGGACGAGGAGGACACGGCAGGGAUGAAAUGCAGCUCGGUGACUGCUGAGUCACGCAUGGCGCAGUCCGACUACUUUGCGUCGUACGGCCGUGCGGAGCCUAUGCCGUCCAUCGGAAGUGCCCUUGCUACUGAUAGAGGAACGACAGAUGCGCAGUCAGCUGAUCAGACCAAAGGCACGGCCACCUCGACGUCGCGCCCGGCCAAGAAUCGAAGGCGAAUGCGAAGUGUUGGCAAUUGGUCGCUCUUGAGCUUCGACGGGGGAGACAGCACGACGCCGAUGGCAACGGCCACGGCGACUAGCCACGACUUUGAUCCCUCUCGGAAGGUGAAGGUGAUCAUGGAGGAGCUGAUUGACGACGAUAGUCAGCCGUGGCAGAGCUGGCUGCGGGCGUGAGAUGAUCGAUUACAAGUCCUGUAGAGAAGGGUCCUAGAGCUACAUUGAAACGAUACCCGAUCGCAGUCUAUACU